GAAGAGGGAAGGGGGGAUAUCGGGGAAAAAAACGCAAGGUACCACCGUACCAGCAGCGCAAAGAGCCGGGUGUUGGCACAGAUCAGGCGGCCGCCAUGGCGGAUCAGUUCGCGGAUUCGGCGAACAACGUGAUCAUCGAGGAGGUGAACAAGGGACUGAACCCAGGAAUGGUGGUUCUGCUCGUGGUUGCCAGCUUCCUGCUGCUCUUCUUUGCCGGGAACUACGCGCUGUAUGUGUACGCGCAGAAGACGCUCCCGCCGAAGAAGAAGAAGCCGGUCUCCAAGAAGAAGCUGAAGAGGGAAAAGCUGAAGCAGGGUGUCUCCGCGCCAGGGGAGUGAACAGACAGGGAUGCCGCCGAUCGGCCCGUCCUGAGCCCGCCCCCUAUUUACAUGAUUGUCGAAGAAAAAAGAUACACCUGCUGGAGCCGCGGUGUUCGUAGUAAUUUUGUUCUGUAGAUGCUUUUUGUUGUCUUCGAUGGUAGUGCAUUUGUAUUGGACACCUUGUUUCAGCAACUGAUGAAUCUUUAGCCUAAACCGAGUUACUCUUUUGUUCCUGUAAACUACAAGUACUUCAAAUGACGCUGGUGAUGGUGAACCUGAGUAAAAUUGGCGAGUCCCA